AUGCACGAAGAGAUGGACAUGGAAGAGCGUGCAAUGGUGACUGAGAGGUGGGGCAUAGAUAUGAGACCAGAGGAAGAGAGUGAACCCUGGAAAUGGACGGGGAAGAUAAAAUCAAGAACUCAAAGCAUGGAAGAUAUUGUGGAUGCACAAAGUCUCCAGAAAGGGGGAUUGCUUGUCUUCUUCAGAGAGGAAUUGGACCCCUGGAUCAAGAAAGCUUCUUCCUUCGCAAUUUCUACUGAGCUGUGUGGAAACCGAGAUCAAGCGAUUUGUGAACAACUUCUCGGACUAGAAGAGUGGGACCCGGAUGGCAACCGAGACCUCUGUAAAUUCUUCCUGCAUGCAUUUGUCCGCGACGGCAACCUCCACAAAAUUGAGGACUUCUUGGAAAAGUUGAACGUCGAUGAAAUUCACUUUCCUAGAAGGGAUUAUGGCACAACGCUCCUUCAUACAGCCUGCAAUGAAGGAAACCUGCCGGUGGUGGAGGUGUUGCUCGAUGCGGGCGCCGACAUCUUCCACUUUGACAACGAUUGGGAGAGUCCGCUUCAUUGUGCUGCACGGCGCGGCAGCCUGGAUAUAGUUCGCGCCCUGAUUGAGAGAUUCCCUGAUCCAAAAUCCUAUCUCCGGGCACCAAGUCAAGUGACAAUCGAAUGGAUGAAGAAUCUGGACCGCUCAGAUACAGUCGGUAUGACGGCGCUGGAAUUGGCAAUCUGGCAUGGCCAUGCCGAUGUGGUCAAAUUCCUCCUCGAGGCUGAAAGGAAAGCGUUCGGCGACGACCAGGAUGAGACGUGGGACCGUUUCUUUGACGAAUACCCCCGGCCCUCUUACCGGCCGAAGCCAAUGUUCUUGGCGUGUUACGCAGGCCGUGUCGAGGUGCUCCGCUGCUUCGUCGAAGAGCUUAAUAUUUUUAGGCUUCUCUCUCUCAUGUUUUUCAAAAGGAUACCAGCUGCAGACAGCGGCCGUGACCUCGUGAAUUUCAUGACUUCGAUUAAGCAACAAUUCACUGAGAUGGAACUGUUAUGCGGCGAGAGCGGUUCACUCCCCCUGGCAUUCGAAGCCACCCUGGACGAAUACUGCAAUCCGGAGAUCGGGCCAGAAAUUCUGAACCAGCGGAAUAUGGAUCAGGUCGUAGUCCGGUACCUGACAGGCCAACGACGAGAAAAUCCAAAGCAGGACUCUGACCCGAUUCUCAUGGUUCCUCAAGCCUGUAUUUGGAGCUUUGAUGAUCAUAUCAUUGCGUCGAGUGAACUUCUGGCAGAGAAAUUGGGGUGGGGGCCCACUAUCAUGAAAAAUCUCAUGUUCCGCCUGCACAGUGAGGAUGUGACGCACAAGCAUCUCAUCGGCAUUCUCUUGUCGGAAUGCAUAAACUCACUGGACACAAUCAGAGGUCCGAAAGGCCGAGAUCCUGGGAUCUUUGCAAUAUUUGCGCGCUCCAUUGCUCGCGUAUCAGAAGAAGUAAACAUUUAUCUGACGCCGCAAAACAUGAGCGACAUCAACAUUGAAAAAGAGAAAGACUUUCUCCACCAUAUCGAGGACAUCCGAGACGAGCUAUCGAUGAUACAGACAAUUCUAAUACAACAGGAAGAGGUCUGGCGCGAGUUCAUGUUCACGACAUGGCCAAAUGCAUGGCCAAAUGGGCCCGAAGGCUCGUUCAAGCCACCACAGACUGCUGAGGCUGCUCAAGAUGGUGAGGUGUGGAAGAUCAUCCAGCGACCACAACAACAGCUGCCUAAAUUUAAACGACGCCUACAGAAGCUGGAUGAUGACGCGCAACGUGUGCAGCGCUCCAUCGAACUAAGGUUGGAUCUCAAACAAAAGCACGCAAGCUUGAAUGAGGCGCGGCUUGCAUCUCUCAUGAGUGCAUCAGUGUUUGGCUUUACUAUCGUCACCAUCAUUUUUACUCCGCUAUCCUUCCUCGCCGGGUUAUUUGCUUUACCUAUCGAAGACUUCCAAAGACAUCAGACUUCCUUUGACGACGGAAACUCCACUGUCUACACAACGCAAUACAUUGGGAAAUGGUUCGCCACGGCAGAGAUCGUGUCGUUUCACGCCAUUCACGUCUGGCUAGCUAGCAUGCUUGAGCCGAAGCGAUGGGUUUCAAGCAGGAAGGGCUAG